UUUCUGGUCCUGAAGACAUUGAAUGUGUUUGGAACCCUUCUUCUGGAGCUCAGACGAAGGCUUGGAGAAUAGCAAGAGCUUACCAGUGGAGAUAUUUCGCACAAAUUGGUGUAUGGGAGCUCUUCAGCAAUCUCGUCAAAUCCUCCGACUACUGGCAGCAUUCUGGCAAGGUCACCACGAUCAUCAUCCUCGCUCAUCAUGGCGGCCCCAGCUGGGGUUUCGACACUCUGACUACUCCCGAACAUCUUCAAACGCUCCAAAGGUCGAAUUCUGAAGGCCGUGGAGGCCUUCUUCAUAUCUCGAUGCCGCUUGAAGUCAUGUGCAAACGCCGUAAGAAAGGCAAGAGUAAGAUGCCCAAGGAUCUCAAUCGCCCUACCUUGCGAGCUGGCUUUCCCUAUGUCAAUGAGCAGUUGUCACAUCUGGUGAACUAA